GGUUAAUACCAAGGCUCAGCCAACCACGGCUAAGGCAGCUGUCAUUCCUAAACUGCCUGGUUGUGGAAAUAAUAGGUUUGUGAAGAUCGAAGGUUUACCAGAGACUGGAUAUACAGAGGAAGAUGUUCUGGCUCUGGUGAAGCCUUACGGAUAUAAACCUGGACUCUACAACUGUUUCAUUCUGCCUGCACAGAGAUGGGCCAUAAUCCGUAUGGACGGAGGACAGAAGAGCUCUGUUAUGGUGACAAACUACACACAGUCUCCUCCCAAACUACUAGACUGUCCCCUCUCCUUCACGUUGAUCUGCCCUGAUACAGGCCUCGUUCAGGAGAAUGUCUACACAACGCUGAAGGGCCUCACCACUUCGGACACGACAUUGAAGGAACGCCUUCUGAUCGUCCAGUAACGUCCCCACGGGAACUACGGCAACCCGAGAGGUUCACGACCUCGUCAAACGCUUCGGAUCCUACCUCGAUUCUCUAUCUCUGAUCAACAGGAUUUAUUUUGAGAUGGAGUCGUCCUCGAUAGCGAUGGCGGUAUGUCUCCAUUUCCAGAAGUUCCCCUGUGCAGUUCAGAACAAGCCUCUGAAGUUCAACAUGCUGGUCAAGGUUAAACAUCCGGCUCAGCCGCAGCUCCCAGCCAAGAAGACACCUGUCACCAGCAGAGCCAAGAAGAAGACGGUCCAAGGCAAGAAGCCUGUCGCUAAAGGAGUGGCAACACCAGGUAAAUCUGUUCCUACCACCACCUCUGCCACACAGCCAGUGGUUACCCAACACCCGCGAGAUGGCGGAAGCGCCCGUCCAGUCCAGUGACACCGUAGCGAAAGACUCCGACGCGACCGCAACGGAACCCAGUCCAGUCGUCAUGGACCUGAUGACGACCAACGACGACCAAAGCCAAACCGCUGCCAAACCGGAUGGCGAGAAUGGAGAAACCAUAGCAACCGCUACCGUUCACGCUGCUACCGUUGCUGGUUCUGCACCGGUAACAUCAGCCUCUGUCCCCGUAGCUCGCCCAGUGUCUGUAAAAGGUGAAGACAAACUGUUCAACUUCAGUCCGGUAACUCAGGAGAUCCUGAAGGCCCUGGAGGCAGCAGUGCACCAACACCGCCUGGGGAGACAAGCCGAGGAACAAAGACAGGACCAGGGAGAGAAGGACAAGCCUCCAUCCGACAAGAAGAGCUCUGUAGCUGGAGAGAAGGGGGAGACCAAGACCCCGGCUGGAGGACUAAACCAGGCCCCAACUCAACCAGAGAAGAAGACAGCGACACAGACUCAACGAGAUGAGAGAAGUAGACCUGCGCUUUCUCUGAAGAAAAACAAGCUACAACCUGAGAAGUCACAGACCGAUAAAAAGCCUCCAACCAAACCAGCGAAGAAGACCACAACACAGACGGAAGGUGCAAAGAAACCACCUUCAGGCUCUGGACAACCAAAGAAGAAUCAGGGGAAGACACAAGUCUAUGGAGGAAGAGGCAGGCGCAGGGACCAUUCUUCCCCAGAAAAGAGAGACUCUUCCAGGCAUAGAAGCAGCCGGGCGGCCUCCGAGGAGGAGGAGCAGGGUCCUCCGACGUCGAGACACGGCGACUCCUCUCGCUCUUCUUCUGGCUCCUGCAGGAGCAACAGACAGGAUGGCAGUCCCGCCAAGAAGAAGGGGAGGAAAGAGGAGGAGGAGAGGAGCAAGGGCCACCAUAGUAGAACUAGCCAGUCUUCUAGGAGUGAGUCUAGAGAUCAGGAGGCAGCAGAGAGCAAGGGUUUUGGCUACGUGGUGGAUGAGUUCACUUCCGACGUCAACCCUAGUGACGCCAACCCAAUCGACCUGGACCAGUUCAACAUGGAUGAGUUUGUCACCGUGGACGAGGUGGAAGGGGAUGAGGCGGACAACGCCAACCCACCAGAAUCAUCAUCUUCAUCACCCAACCCACCAGAGCCAUCAACUUCAUCACCCAAUACCCAAGAUGGCACCUAUGGAAGGUCGGAACGAUCAUCCAAACGCAAGAGGGGUACCCCUGAUACCCCAAUUUCUACUAUGAAGUCAAGCCAGGAGAAAGAGAGACCCCUCUCCAAAAGCACUCCCACCCCAUCCUCUUCUACCUCUACCCCCUGGACAGAAGACUCCACGACAAGCCGCAACGGCCAAAAGAACGCAGGUGGCAAAACCUCAACCACCUACCACCUCCCGGACGCAAGACCAGGUCAGCAGCCGCAGCUGCUGUUGUCGCGACGGAAGCCGCAGAAACCCGAGAAACUGACGAUGACCCCGCAGUCGGGAUGGAACCGGAGCCUCUUCCCGUGGAGCUUCUGUCUCAGCCAAUGGGGGAAGCAGCCGCUGCUCAGUUGGUAG